GUCCGCCGCGUCGUCUCCUCUCCCUCUCCCGCUCGCCGCCUCGCCGCCGGCUAGGGUUGUCGCGACCCCGCCGCUCGCCUCGCAGCACAAAAUGCCUCGAUACGACGACCACUGUUAUCGCUAUAAUUGGACUGAUCGUUAUGGUCGACAUGACGGUAACACCAAGUUGUACGUGGGCAAGAUUUCUCCGCAUACUAGGACACAUGAUCUUGUGGCCCUUUUCAGCAGAUACGGGAGAGUGCGGCAUGUGAAUCUGAAGGGGGACUUUGGCUUUGUUGAGUUUUGUGAUCCCCGGGAUGCAGAUGAUGCAAGGUGUGACCUUGACGGCCGAAAUUUUGAUGGGAGCCGCAUCAUUGUUGAGUUUUCAAGAGGGGCCCAGCGUGGUCCAGGAGGUAUCCCCAUCGGACCUCGUCCUGUUGCUGGCAUCUGCUAUAACUGUGGGAUAGAUGGGCACUGGGCUCGUGAUUGCAAAGCUGGUAACUGGAAAAAUAGGUGCUACCGGUGUGGAGAAAAGGGCCAUAUAGGAAGAAACUGCCAGAACAGUCCUAAGGAUCUCAAGCGAGGGAAAAGCUACUCAAGGUCUCCAUCUCCUCGUGGAAGGGGGCGAGGGAGAAACUACUCCAGGUCCCCAUCUCCUCGUCAUGGAACGGGCCGAAGCAGGAGCCGCAGUAGGAAUUACAGUCGGCUGCCAUCUCCAAGGAGGGAUAACCGUAAUGCUGGUGAUGAAGAAUUGCCGUCAAGAUGCCCUGGUUACAGUCGAAGACCCAGGAAACCUCCACCAACGGAGCAAGCUGAACGCCAUGGUUCAUAUCAUGGUGGGAGCCCCAGGAGAGGUGACAAUCGGAGCCAUAGCCCCAAUUACUAAAGUGAUGAUGAGAAAAGCCGCGCUUCACCAAAGGGAAGCGCCAAUCACCCUGAAUUUGAAACUCUGGGUUUGUGAAUUCUCAAAAUGCUCUACUGAACGUUAGUGACUAUGCGGACGCAUGAGACAUCAUGCCUGAAGAAUUUUGAUCGUUACCGUGUACCAUCUGCGAAGAUUGGGUUGCGAAUUAAGCUCUCUUGAAUGUUAGUUGCUACGGCGAGGCAUGAGACUUCGUUUUUAGAGGAGGCAGGAGACUUCAUGUCUGAUCGUUACCUUCUGUGAAGAAUCUUGCCUGCAAUUAACUAGGCUUCUGUGACCUUGGUGAUGUUGCCUGCACUUAACUGGUUUCUAUGAAGUAGCUGCCGUCUGCAAAAUGCAUUCGUUUAUGCUGAUUUAUGUAUUAACUAGCUUCAGCACUGAACGAACAUGACACAUAAUAGGCGUCAGGUUUUGCUGUGUACUGUAAACUGCGACUUCAGUGACAUGGCCUUGGA